UGUUAGCAAACAUAAUAGCGAAAGAAACCAGACAGAAGAAGCAGAGGCAAAAGCUAUAUAUCAAGAAAACACAAGAGAGAGAGAGAGAGAUAGGAGCAAAAGAAAGGAAUAAGAAAAGGUCAAGAGAUUAUUUUUUCCAUGGAAGUUAGUCGCAAAAUGGCCAACAUGCUUGGUGCUGAGCGUGAUUUGAACUUCAAAGAGACUGAGCUGUGUCUUGGAUUGCCUGGUGGAGGUGGAGGUGGAGGAGGUGGUGGCGGAAAUGAAGUGGAAACUCCAAAGACUACUGGGAAAAGAGGCUUCUCUGAGACUGUUGAUUUGAAGCUGAAUCUUCAGUCUAAGGAAACUGGCAUGGAUCUGAACAAGAACAUAGAGAAUGGUUCAAAAGAAAAAACUCUCCUCCCUGCUUGCACCAAAGAUCCUGCAAAACCACCAGCCAAGGCACAAGUUGUGGGUUGGCCGCCAGUUCGAUCUUACAGGAAGAACAUUAUGGCUAACCAGAAAAACAGCUGUGAGGAAAGUGAUAAGAAAGCUAGCAGUGGUGGUGCAGCGUUUGUGAAGGUUUGCAUGGAUGGUGCCCCAUAUCUGCGAAAGGUAGAUUUGAAGAUGUACAAGAGCUACCAAGAGUUAUCUGAUGCCUUGGCUAAGAUGUUCAGUUCCUUCACUAUGGGUAACUAUGGAGCUCAAGGAAUGAUAGACUUCAUGAAUGAGAGCAAGUUGAUGGAUCUUCUCAACAGUUCCGAUUAUGUGCCAACCUAUGAAGAUAAGGAUGGUGACUGGAUGCUCGUGGGGGAUGUCCCAUGGGAGAUGUUUGUUGACUCAUGCAAGCGCUUGCGCAUAAUGAAAGGAUCAGAAGCAAUUGGGCUUGCUCCAAGAGCAAUGGAGAAAUGCAAGAGCAGAGCCUAAACCAUACACCUAGCGUUUGGCCAGCUGCUGGUUCUUUCCAAGUUCUGUAUCCCUAAAGCCUGGAUUGCUGCAACAAGAUCCUGGAAUAGAGCAAGGCUAGCUGGCUGCACCUUUGGAUGUGUCUGUAUUUUUAUUUGAUAUUUGGUAUAUAGAUAUGCAAAAAAGAUCUGGGACAUUUGUAAUGGACAAGAAGCAAUAAACUUAACCCUAUUGUCUGGCUUGUUUAUUGCUAAUGGGGCUUGUUUAAUAAUCACCUGUUUUUGCUAUUGUCUGGUCGUCCUUGCUGUCAUAGUUGUUGUGUAUGUGUUUUAUUCCUUUCCCCCCAGUUUUAAUGCUAAUACCUUUUUCUUUCCCUCUA